GAAACAAGUCGUAGCUCUGCUUCAACAGAGAAAGGGAAACCACUUCUGGAUCUCGGGAAAUAUCCAAGAAACCAAACAUUAACCUGAGUCAUGUCUCAAGGCGGACUUCCAUACCUGCCAGGAUAGUCUUCAUUUGAUGGACGCACAAGCCGCGCCGAUUGAGUACUUCUCUCGUGUCCGUAAAUGGCUGCAACUAUGUUCCCGGAUAUUUUGUGUGUGCUAUUAUUCAGCACUUUGCACAUCGCAUCGUCUUUAGAGCUGCAACCAGGCAUGCCAAAUGUUUGUGCUGACCAGGAGAUGUCCAUGAUGGGGGCCCGUCAGCCUUGUGUCCAGGCUUUUUCCCGUAUGAUUAAAGUGUGGAAGCAGGGAUGCACCAACCACAGAUGGUGUACAAGCUACGAGAGAAGGACAUCUUACUACACGGUGUACCGGCAGGUGUACAGUGCGGAUCUACGCACAGUUUAUAAGUGCUGCCCCGGCUGGACUCAGGAGGGUGAAGAAAUGGGCUGUCUGCACAGGCUUUGUGGUGUCAAUACAUGUUUCAAUGGAGGCCAAUGUGCAAAGACCGAAGACCGGAUGUGCCAAUGUCCACUGGGCUUUAAAGGGACGCGAUGCCAAUAUGAUGUUAACGAAUGUGAAGUGGAGGAAGGCGGCUGUGAGGAGUUCUGUUGCAACACGAUCGGCAGCUACUACUGCAAGUGUCCCGAAGGCAGUCGACUGGGGCCCGAUGGCAAGGCAUGUCAUGAUGUAAACGAGUGUGAGGAGCUCAACGGAGGAUGCCAGCAAACGUGUGUCAACACACCAGGCUCAUUUCACUGUGAGUGCAGUGAGGGCUUCCGCAUGCACUCCGAUGGUCGGACCUGCAUCGCUGUGAACUCGUGUUCAAUUCUGAAUGGCGGAUGCGAGCACAAGUGUGUGGACACGGGGAACAAUAACUACAAAUGUGACUGCCGGAGGAACUAUCAGCUGAAGAGGGACGGGAGACACUGUGAACUGAGGGACCCCUGCCAGGACAGGAAUGGACGCUGCUCCCAGCUGUGUCUCUCAGAGGACGGCCGGGUUCACUGCAGCUGCCGACCUGGUUUUACUCUGUCUGGAGAUGGCAAGAACUGUGAAGACAUUGAUGAGUGCGGCUCAGGCCGUGCCGAGUGUUCCCAUGGCUGUGCCAACAUGCCGGGCUCCUUCAGCUGUGUGUGCCAUCAGGGCUUUGAACUUGGUGCUGACGGCAAACAGUGCUACCGCAUUGAGAUGGAGAUCGUCAACAGCUGUGAGAAGAACAAUGGAGGUUGCUCCCAUCACUGCGAGCACGCCACCAAUGGCCCCUUGUGCUCCUGCAACCACGGUUACCAGCUGGACCGGCACAGGAAGACCUGCGUGGAUAGCGACGAGUGUGUCACUGGGGAGUCCUGCUGCCGCCACCUCUGCAGAAACUACCCGGGCGGCUACGAGUGCAGCUGCACGGCCGGCCACCGGCUGAGUCCGGACGGCUGUGGCUGCGAUGACAUCGACGAGUGCCGAGCGGAGACCUCGGGCUGCGAACAAAACUGCGUCAACACCCUGGGAACAUAUGAGUGUUUCUGUGAGCUGGGCUUCCGCUUGGAUCAGGACCAGCACUCCUGCGUUCCUCUCUAUGGCAGAGAACUGGAAGAAGAAGUGGAUGAAGAAGGGGAGGAGGACGAGCAGCUGGAUGUCCACAGAUCACCAGACCUGCUGUUCCGCAACGCUCCUCGACUGCUGCAGUACACGGCCGCCCUGCGCGCCCGCUACGGCGGCGGCGAAACAGAACACGAGGCCCAGAGGGAGCGCCGAGGAGAGCUCGGGCUGGACAGCGCCAUAGUGUGUCUGGACGGCUCGUUUGGAGAGGAGUGCAGCGUGAGCUGCGAGGACUGCGUGAACGGACGGUGUGGUGACGUCAGAGACGGAUGCGAGUGUUCAGCUGGAUGGACCGGGGUCGUCUGCAACGAGACCUGUCCGCAGGGGACCUUUGGGCAGGCCUGUAGCAGCCUGUGCCGUUGUCAGAAUGGAGGCUCGUGUGACCCUUUGACUGGGAAGUGUUUCUGCCCCCCCGGUGUACGGGGCCUGCUCUGCGAGGAUGGUUGUCCGAAGGGUUAUUUUGGGACUCACUGCAGAAAAAAGUGCAACUGCCCAAACGACGGACAUUGCAACCGCAUGUAUGGAGGCUGCCUGUGCUCCCCGGGACUCUACGGACGCUUCUGCCACCUGCCUUGUCCCAGGUGGACGCACGGCGCAGGCUGCUCCCAGGAAUGUGACUGCGUGAGAGAACACUCCGCCGGCUGUGAGCCCAGAACAGGGAGCUGCUUCUGUAAGGCCGCGUUCCACGGCCCACGCUGUGAGAAAGAAUGUGAGCUCGGCUUCUUCGGCGCAGGCUGCGAGCGGCCAUGUGACUGUCCAGGUGGAAGGUCAUGUGACCCCGGGACCGGAGAGUGCAGUCGGCGGCGAUGUCCCGCAGGCCUACACGGAGACACGUGUCAGCUGGACUGCCCCGAUGGAUUCUGGGGGUUGAAGUGCCAGUCGCCAUGUCCUAAAUGCGAGAACAGAGGCUCCUGCAAUAAGCACACUGGUGCGUGUGACUGUAAACCGGGCUUCACCGGGAAACUCUGCCAGGAUGAGUGCACGAACGGCAGUUACGGGCAGGCGUGUGUCCAGCGGUGCCGGUGCCACAACGGAGCCCGGUGCGACCAUGUGAGCGGAGCCUGCACGUGCUCACCUGGACACGCCGGCACUUACUGCCAAAAAAAGUGCGAGGAAGGAACUCAUGGAGAGAACUGCACUCAGACCUGCAGCUGUACAAAUGGAGGGAGAUGUGACGCGGUGACGGGACGAUGUGCGUGUCCGCCCGGUUGGACGGGGCAGCUCUGCGAGUCAGCUUGUCCUGCCGGCGUGUUCGGGUCAAACUGCAGCAAGCCGUGCCGAUGUUCAGGGGAUGAAGAGCAGUGCCAUCCCGUCACGGGGCAGUGCAGCUGCUUGCCCGGUUACUACGGAGCGCGCUGUGAGCCACGAUGUCGAGCGGGGACUUUUGGGCCAAGCUGCAAGUCCAGAUGCAGCUGCAUCAACGGUGGCCGCUGUGACUUCAGGACGGGGACCUGUUACUGUCUUCCUGGCUUUAUUGGAGCGGACUGCAGCUCGAGCUGUCCGAGUGGAUACUAUGGGGAAGACUGUGGUAAGCUGUGCUCCUGUGGAGAAGGAGGCCAAUGCCACGCAGCAGAUGGGAGGUGCAUCUGUGCCCCUGGUAGGAUGGGACCGUCCUGCCAACAAGCGUGUCCUAGGGGGCGCUACGGCCUACAGUGCAGGAACGCAUGCAGCUGUCACAACGAGGCCGCGUGUGACCCCGGCGACGGGUCCUGCCGGUGUGGACUGGGCUGGACCGGGGCCCGCUGUGACACUGCCUGUUCUCACGGAAAAUACGGGCUUAAUUGUGCGCAAGAGUGUCAAUGCCUCAACAAUGGGACCUGCGGCCGUCUUGCCGGCACCUGCACGUGUGCGGCUGGAUUCUACGGCCACGCCUGCCAACACGAAUGCCCACCGGGUUUCUUCGGAGUGAACUGCGCUCACACCUGUGACUGUCGAGCGGGGCACACCUGUGACCAUGUGACGGGCCAAUGUGUGUGUCCACCGGGUCACCAUGGACCACAGUGCCAAAGACGCUGUGAACCCGGCCGGUUUGGACCGAGCUGUGGACGGUCCUGUGACUGUGCUGGAGGGUCCCCGUGCGAGCCCUCCGCCGGGCGGUGCCUCUGUCCCCCGGGCAGGACGGGACGGAGAUGCGAAAAAGACUGCGGCGGAGACCGGUUCGGCCCCGACUGCUCUCUGCCGUGCCAGUGCUCCCACGGGGCUCGCUGUGACGGGGUGAGCGGGCGGUGCCUGUGCCCGCUCACCUGGCUGGGCCCCACCUGUAGGCAAGCACUGCUCCACCAAAGCCGAGGUCCAUUGAACCUUUCUAUGUUCCAAAGAAAGAGAAGAGCACGCAGCAAAACCACAAAGUCCUGACUGGACUCAUGAGAUCAUCUUGGUGAAGUGCUAGUACGGCUUUUCAUGGAACUGCAUCCCAGGGCCCGCAGCUCGGGGUAAUCAUCACCCAGUGGACCUGGCAUGCGAGGGGCCCUCAGAAGAGGACCAUAAACUGUUAACCUACCCCAGACUGUCCAGGGUCACAAAGACUUCUUGGGAAUGCAAACAAAGUCAAACUUUUGUGACUUUUGCUGAUCAUUGCUUUCUGGUUUUAAAUAUUUAAUGUUACAGUUUCUCUCUAAUGAUAUGGAUAACUUAGUUACUCCUUGUGGAAAAUGAACCUCAAGAUACACAAAUAUAAAGACUGCCGACAGGUCAGCAACAAAAGUAGGAUCCAAUUAUAACACCCAGAGUUUUUACAAAAAGAAAAUUACAUCUGACUCCUUGAAUUCAUCAACAUGAAAAGAUGCAAAAAGCAAACUAUUUAGUAAUUCACUGCUACUUUACCAAAGAAAUGGCACUACCUACAUAUGUCUAAUGUUGCCGUUAAUGUCAGGCAAAAAAACAUUAUCUUUUCAUUUCACAAAUGUUGACUUGUUCUGUUAGAAAACAACUCAGAUCAUUGGUUUGUUGGUUUACAGAUCACUAAACCUUCACAAAACAGAGUAAUUAACUUCUUUUAUUGGCCCUUUGGAAAUGGAAAAAUGAAUUGCGCCCACGACUCCUUUGUUAGAAUUGAUGAUGGGUUUUCUUGUUGCAAUGCGGCGUGCUGCUCUCGGAUUGCCUGUUCAUUGCGUUUUUUUUCUUACUUCUUGUCAGCAGCUGACACAGACUUUGGGUGUCUUAUAAAAAAAAAAAUCGAAUAGUCUUAAUGCUACAUUUGGGUUGCCACACAACGUCAGCCUUUUUUUCACAGAGAGAUUAGUGUCACUGCUGCCAGGACUCUGCCAGUGUAUUGGAUUGGAUGAUCUUCAUGUUUGCAUAAACUGUAUUGUUUAAAUCUCAGGUCAGUCGCGACCUUCUGUGCUCGUUUUCUUGACGUUCGUAUAUAUCAGCGGUGCUACAUGGAUCCGUUUUGUUGUGCAAAAUUGAUAAUCUCAGUUCGUACAGUCACCUUUUCAUCGGCCCGUCUGCUCCCUUGUGGUCGUGUUCAGACUAAAAACAAAAGAGAAAAAAGCACCAAAUAAAUUAC